GAUAUAGGGAUAGAGAGAGAGAGAGAGAGAGAGAGCGCCAAUCGGCUGUUAGGGGAGGAGAGGUAACGUUGUAAACCGCGUGGUUGUCUCUCUCUGUCUUUUUGGGCCCCAACAAACCUGAUUAGUCGCUCCUCCCCUCCCUCCUCCCUCCUCCACCGCCGGCAAUGGCCAUUCUCCAAUACCCAUGUCCCAUAAUCCACUAAAUCUCCCCCAUUCCCCUCUCCCUCUGCUCCCUCACGGAAGGUAAAAAUGGGUUCUUUCCGAUGAACAAUGAUUAGCACAUUAUGCGCUGGCUCCAAAACAUCUCCUUCUCCCAGGCCUCGUUGUCCCCUCCCUCCACCUCCUCCUCCCCCACCAAGGCUGCCGGCGAAAGGAUUGGCCCCAAGCUCACCCGCCAGAGGAACCUCAGGUACCUCUCUGAGCGGGAGAUUACUGGUGCCCUCCACCUCCCUCCGCCAGACGGCGAGCCUGCUGCCACCACCACCCCAACAACAACAACAGCCUCUCCUCCGGGCGCCGCCCCGCAGCCUCUCCCUCUCCCCGAAAUAUCCCUCCUGUUCCGAAGAGUCGGAGGGUUCACGGGCUCCCAACCCGAGAGAGGAGACUGCCCGCUCCCUUCCCCUGAGGAGGCUGGCAUUGUCCGGGAUCGUGGGGAUGGAAGCAAUGAAGGAAGUGUUCUCUCUCAAAGAGAUAAAAAGAUUGUGUUGGAGCCUCUCGAAGCGAGAACAUCUACGAGGGUGUUCCAAGAUGUAAACGCUGCAGAAAGCUCUUAUGACAACUUUAUGAUCAAUGUUCCCAUCAGGAGUGCCCCGACAAGUCCCUUCGCGACGAGUCCUUUUGCAGCAAGUCCCUUUGCGAGUCCCAUGCUUAGCCCCCCGAAAGUUGCUACUGGCGAUUUCUUUCCGUACUAUUACAUAACUCCGAAAGCCAACCAAAUUUGGUCUGCCCCAGAAAUGCCAACAGGCGUGCCCCUGGACCGAGCCCUGUCACGGCGUGAGAGUAACUCUCACACGAGUGUUCACCCCCUGCCUCUGCCUCCUGGGGCCGCUUCACUCUCUCCUUCUGGCAAUCCUCAUGUUGCUUUUAAGCCAGAGUCCGUGCCGCUUAAUAGCCAAUGGCAGAAGGGAAAACUCAUCGGGCGUGGCACAUUCGGGAGUGUUUAUGUGGCCUCCAACCUGGAGACAGGGGCUCUUUGUGCGAUGAAGGAGGUCGAGCUAUUUCCUGAUGAUCCGAAGUCUAUAGAAUGCAUGAAGCAGUUGGAGCAGGAGAUCAAAGUUCUGAGCCGCCUAAAACACCCGAAUAUCGUGCAGUAUUACGGCAGUGAAAUAAUUGAGGACCGGUUCUAUAUAUAUCUGGAGUAUGUUCAUCCUGGGUCCAUUAAUAAGUAUGUUCGAGAACACUGCGGAGCCAUAACAGAAUCGGUGGUCCGUUGUUUUACCCGCCAUAUUCUGUCGGGUUUGGCUUACUUGCACAGCAAGAAGACCAUUCACAGGGACAUCAAGGGGGCUAACUUGCUUGUAGAUGCCUCUGGGGUCGUAAAACUUGCCGACUUUGGGAUGGCUAAACAUCUUUCGGGACAAGCAUCUGAUCUCUCUCUAAAGGGAAGUCCGUACUGGAUGGCACCUGAGCUCAUGAAUGCCGUGAUGCAGAGAGAUAGCAACUCCGAUGUUGCUCUUGCCGUUGAUAUAUGGAGUCUCGGAUGUACCAUAAUAGAAAUGCUAACUGGAAAACCACCUUGGAGCGAGUAUGAGGGGGCUGCAGCAAUGUUUAAGAUUCUGAAGGAUACCCCACCAAUCCCUGAAAGCCUCUCGCCAGAAGGCAAGGAUUUCCUGCAACAUUGCUUUAAGAGAAACCCUGCCGAAAGGUCAUCAGCUGCAAUGUUACUCGAGCAUCGGUUCCUUAAGAACUCGCAACUUCACGAUAACCAAUCUUGUUCUCGCCAGGCAUCGAACAGGAUCAAAUUAAAGGACUUACCCCUUAGCCCAGGGCAACAGCGAUCUAAGAAUGCCAUUGACCACUCGCUGGUUUGUCCAACUGCAAGAAGUGUAAAAUCAAAUGCGACCUUUGAUGGUGAGAGUGGCUGGCAAUCUCAUCACAGAGCUGCUGAUGUGGCAGCGUCCUCCCGAAAAUCUCCCCGUUCCAUCCUGGAGGCUAUUCCCAGUUUGUCUCCGCCCCACUCAGAUGGCUCAUCAAAUGACCCAAGCACUUCUUCAAACCCCCCAAGCUCCGGCAAUGAGAGUCCUACGAAGAAUCAUGUGUUCAGAUAACUAGUUGAGGGAAAACCUGCUGGCUUCCGCAAUGGCUUUCACUGACGUAUAUUUGCUCAGCAUUCAUGUCGUCAAUUUCUCACAAUGCUCCAGUAGGUCAAAAGAUUUGCAGCUGCUUGGCUGUUGCAGCAGUAGGGUUGUCUAUAUUUUGCUUCUCGGUAGAAUCGCGAUAUGCCUACUGAAGCUGCGGAAAGAUGCUUCUUUGGGCUUUUGGGCGGAAGCAGAUUUUGUCUCAUUACAGUUGAAAUUCUAUUGAGACGUGGUCCUUGGAGAAGUUGUUUUAGUGCCCAGCUUCUCAGGGUAAUCUUCUGAUGUUCUUCAGAUUGCAGCCCAAUAUGAAUUCGAAUUUUCGGGAUCAAACAGGUAUUCAAGAAGAUUUCGGAACAAGAAUUUGACUUCAUUAGAUAUUAAUAUUCCUAUAUUGCAACAAUAUAGUUUCUCUUAAUUAGAUGUUAUUUCCUAUAUUAGCUUGAGUCAGUAAUCUUAAGUUUCUUAUUCCAGAUUGUUUCUUUAUUCUAUUUUAGGAAAGUAAUCUAGAGGAGUUUAGAUGUCAGUUUCAUAUUCUAGAGUCAGGGGAUGUGUCUUCUCUCUAUAUAUAUGCUAUUAACCUCAUUGUAAGAGGAUAUAUCAAAAAUAGUAUUUUGAAUGAAAUUUGCUUAGAGCGUUUCUUCUAUUUUCU